UUGUCAUGUCAAAUGUCAUACAAUUUCUGUAUCUUAUUUUCCUUAUUGUUUUCAUGAGUUCUUUAGUGAAAUAAAAAACAUCUGGGAAUCUUAUAAAAAAUACAUUUUCUGCAACUGCAAUGAAAUGUCGUUCCGGGACAAAGUUUUAGGAUUUCUAGAAGUAAUCUUGAGAGUACCACCGUUGUUUGUGAUCGACGAGAUUUUGAAAAUUGGAAUUGGAAUAUCAGAUCUGCCCAUUCAUGACUUGUCAAAUAUUGAAGAAAACUAUGCAAAACUUGGAAAUCAGUUCAAUAUCACAACACCUAGCGAAUCGUACGAUUCAUUUGAUCCAGUCAUGUCCAAGUUCCUUUUGGUAUCUGUUCUUAGGUUGAUGAUCAGUGCACUGGGUUGCACGGUUGCAUUAUGUAUGUUCAUUUUGAAUACCAAACAUUUAGUGGUAGUCUACAUGUAUCUCACGUCAUUGGGUCUCAUACUCCUGUCAUACUGGACAAAUGUCAAUAUUGUCAAAUCGGUAUUGAGCACUGAGCAUUACAAAAAUGGAUCCAUCAACAUCUUAAGCAAUAUAAUCUCCUUCAACUUGGAAGAAUUAUGUACUCAUAAAAUAUUUUUCAUCAACAUUAUCCAGAACUACAUCCUCCAGUCACUUCUUUCAGUAGUUUUUAUCAACAUAUAUCUCGGACCAAGGAAUCCAAUCUUACAAAAACUUCUACCAGGAAUUUUUCUUGUACCUUCGAUUUUGGCAGUAUUGCCAAUCCCUGCUUUUUUAUUGAAUUAUGCUCCAGUUGUAGCAGCUCUGAUACCUUUCCUAAUGGUAAAAUUUGUUCUGUGCUCUUCUUUCUUUCAAGUCAUACACUCUGUUUCCUCUGGAUAUGUGCAAGCUAAAAAUUUCGUUUCAAAUUUUGGCAUGUCUGCCCUGGUUGAAUCCGAAUGGUUGAGAUUAAAUGUUCCUGAGGUAUUACGAACUUUUUGGAUUCUGAGAUUGUUGGAGCAUGCAGGAAUUUUCUUCUUAUCAGGGUACUGGGAUAUAGAAGAUGGAAAUUCUCCAUAUUUCAGACUUCUGAAAUAUUCAAUGGUCACAGGCUGUGAUACACUAACUGCUGUUUUGGGCAUCACUAGCAUAGUUUCUUAUAUUUGUAACUAUAUUGGAAAAUUUUUCCAGUGGGUUUUGCUGACUGAUGAAGAAAACGACAAAAAUUUUGGAACAGUCUCAGCUAUUGUGUUUUAUAUUUUAGCCCUCCAGACUGGUCUGACAGGUCUGGAACCCGAGGUGAGGUUUGUGAGGCUGUGCAGAAAUUUUUGUCUUCUUUUCACAGCUCUUCUCCAUUUCACACAUAAUGUGGUCAAUCCCCUUAUGAUGAGUUUAAGUGCAUCUCAUAACCCAUCUGUAAAAAGGCACUUGCACGCUUUAUUGGUGUGUGGUGUUCUAAUCUUGUUACCUUUGUUGCUCAUGUACUUCCUUUGGAAGACACAAGAAAUGUCAACAUGGCUAUUAGCUGUUACUGCAUUCAGCAUUGAAGUUAUCAUUAAAGUUUGUGUAUCUUUAGCAAUCUAUACCCUCUUUCUGCUUGAUUCAAGAAGGGAAACUUUCUGGGAGAAACUAGAUGACUACAUUUAUUAUAUUAGAGCUUUUGGUAACACUAUAGAGUUUUGCUUUGGAAUAUUUUUAUUCUUCAACGGAGCUUGGAUUCUGUUGUUUGAAAGUGGCAGCGCAAUUAGGGCGGUCAUGAUGUGCAUUCAUGCUUAUUUCAAUAUAUGGUGUGACGCAAAAGCAGGCUGGUCAGUCUUUAUGAAACGUCGUACAGCAGUCAACAAAAUAGAAAGCCUUCCUGAGGCUGCAGAAGAGCAGUUACGUGAAUUAGAUGACGUUUGUGCCAUAUGUUAUCAAGAAAUGCAGUCUGCCAAAAUAACCAAAUGCAGACACUUCUUUCAUGGAGUUUGCUUAAGAAAAUGGCUUUAUGUUCAGGAUAGGUGUCCGCUUUGCCAUGAAGUAUUACAUGGCAUUGAUUCGAAUGACCAAAGGGAUCCUAGGCCACCCGUCGAAAAUUAUCAGGAAUUGGGGAAUGACUAUAACAGGUGAUAGGUUUUUCAAAUUGUGAUAUAGAAUAAUUCAUCAAGGAGCUUUGGGAUUGUUUUCGAGCUGAAAAUGAUUAAUAUUUAGGCUGUUAUUGACUUUGAGUAAAUUGUACUUUUUUAUCAAGAGACUAGAUUGGUGAAAACUAUAUAGUUCUUAAUUGGAAUUUGAGGUCUUGCCACUCAAGUCUCUAGCUUCUGAACCUAAGCAUUACAUUGAUAUAGUGACUGUACAUACUUUUAUUUAUUAUUUGUUCAUAAGUUGAAAUGUUCUGAAUUGAAAUAUAUUGUCAAAUUGUUUGUCAAACGAACUCAGACAAGACCCUAAGAGGUUAAUACAAGUAGUUUCAUGAUUUGAUGAUGACCUGAUUUGAAUUCAUGCACAACGAAACCUACCUGACAUUACUAAAGUUUAUAGAUAAUCUAGAUUAUCAAAUUGAUGAGAGGAUAUUUGUUCUACAAGUUUAUAUAAUUGUAUGCAAGUGUUUCAUUAAAAGAGUAAGUAAUGUUGAAAGUUGAUACCUGAAACUCUACAUGGCCAUAAAAAAAAAGGUUGAAUUGAGUAUUUUUUCUAUUACAUGAAAUUAUUAUAUUUUCAUUAAUUUUAUAUUGUUGUACUUUGCUCAAUGCCAAUAUUAUUAUACUUUUUGGCAGAGAUACUGAUUUUCAUAAGAAAAACUCGAAAGUGAAUUUAUAAUGUUGAAAACACUUGAAAUAUUCAAAUAUUUUCGGUGAAAAACUCUCAAUUUUGAAAACACGUUAUUAUGAGAAGUUCAGCAAUAUUAGCCCAAAGACACUAAUAAAUUUGAUAUAAUACUUGAUGGCACCUUGGCAAAAAAUAUCUGCUUGAGGAAGUUGUAAUGAAAUUACCGGUAUUUUUCAGUGUCUAUGGGCUGUUCAGUCAGAAAAUGUUUUUGCAAUUCAUAGCAACACUGGCAAAAAAUAUUUUCCUACCAGGUAAUGCAAAAAAAAAUCUCCAAACUUACCUAAUGAAAAAAAUUUUUAUCAGGAGUCCACUCACAAAUAUAACACUUUUCAACUGAGUUGAGAAGAGAUCAGGGUAUCUCAUUUAAACUACGUUUUCUUAAAUAUCCUCUUGAGAAAAUAAUUUUGUUGAUAGAGACCCAAAAAAAUGUGUAUCAAAUUGUCUUCAAUUUUUUAUGUUUUAUAAGAUCAAAGACUUUCAUGCCGAAGUCACGAUUAAAGACUGAAGAGAGCAGUAGGCCGUAGUUGAAUGGAACCUGAAGUGCCAAACGUUUAUUCUGCUAUUGCAGCAGACAUCCAGUGGUAUAUGUUGUAUGCCACAGUAAUAAAAGAAACUUUUGGCAUGAUCUUCAGAAAGAACUAAAUAAGGUACCUUCAUUUCAAAAUUCUGAACAAUGACCUGUCGAGUGCUUGUCUUUGCUAGUUGAACAAUUGUAACCUACAUUUUGGAACAUUAUCAAAUAAUUGUUGAUCUAAUUGGUUUAUUUAACCCUUGUGAUCAUAUCUCAACAUUUGUUUCAAUUUACGUAGCUCUUCUAUACUUGACUAAUACUUAAACCGUACUACAAAGGUUACUUCUUGAAUAUUUCAAUACUUAUCACUCAGCUAAACACUUCAUUAUUACUUAUUCUUACCAAAAAAACAUGUUUUAUUUUGUAAACUUUCCAUAAGAGAAUAUGUUGAUAAAAAAUUUUCGUUUUUCAUUGUUUUUCAAGUAUGGACGAAUCCAAUUAAAAAUGGAAAAUUUUUUACUCGAAUUAUGAGCAAUAAUUUAAAGUGUCAAAUAGUCCUAUUAUAUCACCUUAUAUCAGUUGUUAAUUAUCCAUUUUGUGUAAUAAUCGGGGCGUGGUAAUAGAUCCACUGUCAGACUUCCCAUGUUUUUUGUGACGAUUUUAGAAUUGAAUUUCAUUCAGCAAAGUUCAGUAGUUUGGAACUAAUAUGCUUUUUCAUUUAUUUUUCGUUUGUUUUUUUUUCACUAAUGGUUGUGAAUGGUAGAAAUCUGAUUAAAAAUUGUUUUGGGGUAAUUAUUGAGGUUGAAGUUGUUUAUAUUCAAAUUUAUAUUUGAAAAGAGGUUACCAGAAUAUAGUUUCUAUAUAAAAAAAUAUUCAACAUUUCAUUUUGAAUUUGGCUCUCUUAAAAAUUGGUCACAUUUUAUUGAGUAAUAAUAUCAAAUGAUAUUAGUUAUUAUAGUUGAAAGUUUUCCCAAAAAAGAAUAAUUUUGUGCAAUCAGUAUAAACUUAUUUUUCUCUUGAGCACAAAAAUAAUAAUUAAGCAACUAAUAUCAUGAAUACAACUUGUAUUGAUUAUCUUUAUUGGGAAAAUAUACUUUUGUAUAUAACUUAUUGUACAGAUAAUGUAAAUGCCACUACUUUUUUCUAUCCAUAAUUUAUUCCAAUUCUAGUUUAUAGUUGCAGAAAAUUAUUGUACACAAGUUUCGGAACUGUCCUGUAAAUGUGUUAUAGACUAAUAAAAUAUUUUCAGUUUA